AUGUCCGUUUUUUCCAGCGAAAGCGUCCGCAGGACGUCCAAAAUGACGUCCAAAACGUCGUCCAAAACGCCCUCCAAAUCGUCCACCUUCGUCAACUUCACCCUUGUGGCCAUCGCCUUGCGCCUCCUCCAGGUGGGUAUCUCCUACGUGCUUGCGUUGUUGGUGCCUUUCCCGGAAUCGCUCAGCAUUCCUUCCGACUCCCAGUUCUUCCACCACAUCAACAGACAGCCUAAGAAGUCCCGCAAGAAGAGCUCGCGGAUCGUAGAGCUUGACGACAAAACAGACUUGUUUCCUUCCAUCAGAAGCCCUGCCAUCGUUCCCACGGCCUCUGCCGCCCUCCCACUCGAUAAGAAUGUUUCGUACGCCCAGCCAUGCUCCACCGGCUUGACCACCAAGCUCUUGCCCUACAAGAACGAAAACGGCGAGAUUGAGUGGGCCUUCACCGACGAUGGCGUUUCCAGCGAGCUCGACGUGUUCAAGCAGGGCUCCCACCAGCACUUCAACCCUGAACCCCAGUUCUACAACGAGUACGAUGAGGCCGCCUACGAAGAAGAGGAUGAUGCCAACUUGUCUCCCACCAUCUCUAACUCAUCCAACAAUGACUCGAUCAUCUCCUCCAGCAACAAGGCUGCCGCAGUAAAGAAGGAGGACAAUAAUACCCCGGGUACUAACCACUCGUCUCCAUUCACCCCCAACGAUCAACACCUCAACCACGACCACCACUCGGGCUCCAUUUCCUCCUGCUCGUCCUCUGAAGAUAUUGCGCUUGGCGACUCCUCGUUCGGCGUGCCAGAUGGCAAGAUUCACCAGUGUCCUCACUGUGACGCCACCUUCAAGAUCAGAGGAUACUUGACUCGUCAUUUGAAAAAACAUGCCACCAAAAAGGCCUACUCGUGUCCCUUCCACGAGUUCAGUGUCUUCAUCGACGAGAACGAUGUCACUCACAAAUGUCACCCUAACGGUGGCUUCUCAAGAAGAGACACCUACAAGACCCACUUGAAAUCUAGACAUUUCAAGUAUCCAAAAGGCACCAAGACCAAAGAAAGAGCCAAGUCGGCCGGUUCUUGUUCCAUGUGUGGAGAGACUUUUCCUAACGCAGAAAUUUGGUGUGAAUUACAUGUGGAAGGCGCUGAGUGUAAGUUCUUGCCUUCUGGCUUCAAGGGUAAGUCUAGAAUCAAGAACAGAAUAAAGAAACAGUUGACUAAGCAACAGCAAAAGGAAUUUGAAAAGAGCGGAGGUAUAUACUCUAAGCACUUUGCUCUUGCUUCAGCUGUGUCCUCAAAGAAAACCAAUGGUUUAAGCCAAGUUUCAGGUGAAUGUUCAACCCCAGCUAUGGACACUCCAGUUUCUGCCAAUAACAGUACCCCUAUUCCAUCAAGUAUCAACACCUACGGUUACAAACAUAUUUCCAAUUCUCCAGCUGUUUCGAUCAGUUCAUCCAUCAACAAUGAAGCUCAUACAUCUCCAGAUGCAAAAGUAAGUUCGUCCUACACCGAGGUGAAGCAAGAAGUUCCUGUUGUUCAACACAACCCUAUUGACUACAGUCAACAUUUUUACUCACAGUCAUUCCAACCAACACAUAUAGAUCAUUACCAAAUGGGUGGAGAACCAAUGCCAUCCUUCGAAGCAUUCGAUGAUGAUCAAUUCUGCUUGGAUAUCGACCAAUUGAACAAUGCUACUUUCAACAACUUCAAUGAAAUCAUCGAAUUCAUGAAGGCUCAACAUGCGGUCAACAACCUCAACCGUGGAAACCAAAUUCAACAACCAACUGUACACUACGGUUUCGAUCAACAAGCACAGCAUCAAGCAAGAAUACAGGAGUUUCAGCAACAAGAGCAACUCCAUCAAAACCAAUACCAGACCGAAAUGCAUCAACAGGAUUUUUCCGAACAAUCCAACUUCCAACCAUUGCAGAGCCAGCAAUGCUUUCCUGUCAAACAACAAUACCAAAUGUACAGUAACCCAAAUCCUGUGAUGUAUAACUAA